AUGAAAAAUCGUUUGCUCUUCUUCAUCAUCAUGAUCUUUGUCACAUGUUGCUCAGUGACAACACAACAAGCUCUGAAUGCAACUUUCACUUUCUCUGGAAUGAGAUACCUCCCCCACAUAAGCUCUGCUUUGUUGCAAUUAAAGCAAGAAUUUGUCUUUAAAAAGCCCAAUUACACUGAUUAUUAUUAUCCAACUCCAUAUGAUGAGACCCUUUCUUACCCAAAGAUGAAGUUUUGGACGGAAGGAAAGGACUGUUGUGACCUCUUCAGCUUACGUCAACUUCACCGGCUCAACCUUGCCUACAACAACUUCACUCUUUCUAAUAUUCCAUCAAGCUUUGCUCAGCUUUCGAGGUUAACCCAUCUCAACCUCUCUUACUCCUUUUUUUCUGGUCAAGUCCCUUCUGAAAUCGCUUUGUUGUCCAAUUUGAUGUCUCUUGAUCUCUCUUAUGAUAUUCACUACGAUUAUGAUCAUGAGAUGUCUAUUAGCCUUUUAUAUAGCCCAACGAUAACAUUUGCUCAAAACAUGACAAAAUUAAGAGAACUUCAUCUGAACAAUGUGAACUUUUCGUCACUACUACCUGAAUCUAUGGCUAACCUAUCCUCCUUGACAUCUCUAUCUCUUACUGAUUGCAAUCUAUAUGGUGAAUUUUUGCAAAACAUUUUUCAUCUUCCUAAAAUUCAAGUCAUUGAUAUGUCGUUCAAUAGAAACCUUACUGGUUUUCUUCCUAAUUUUCAUUUUGGUAGUAAACUAAACUCAUUGCGUCUUCACUCUACAAGCUUUUAUGGAAGAAUACCAUAUUCCAUUGGCAAUCUCAAGUUCAUAAGUGUUUUAGAUCUCUCAUAUUGUAACUUUUCAAGGACCAUUCCAUCUUCACUUAAGAAUAUAUCACAACUCUCAAGUCUUGACCUAAGUUUCAACAACUUUCAACUUCCACCAGCUUUGUUAAUAAUGCCUUCCCUGCAGUAUCUAAUGCUUGGCGGAAAUCACUUUACUGGCCCUCUAACCAUUCCAUCUCCAGUUAAGAAUUUAUCUCAUCUUUCAUGGCUUGAAUUAAGUUUCAACAAUUUUGAUAGUCAACUUCCACCAACUUUGUUCAUAAUUCCUUCUUUACAAUCUCUAAGUCUUUCUUCUAAUAAGUUUAUAGGCCCUCUAACCAUUCCAUCUUCAAUUAAGAAUUUAUCACAUCUUUCAAGGCUUGAAUUAAGUUCCAACAAUUUUGAUGGUCAACUUCCACAAGCUUUGUUCAUAAUGCCUUCCCUACAGUAUUUAAUGCUUGAAGAUAAUCACUUUAAUGGCCCUCUAACCAUCCCAAAUGUCUCGUUAUCAUCCCAAUUGACAUACCUUAAUUUGGAUGGGAACAAGCUAAUUGGAAAAAUUCCAAGGUCAAUUUUUGAAAUGUGAAAACUUGAAAAUCUGUACCUUAGUGACAAUAAUUUAAGUGGCAUUAAUGCCUAGGUGCAAGGAAGGAACAGGGGAAGAUUGGCCCAAGAUUCAACACAUACCUAACAUACUAAUUAUAUGAAAGGCCCAGGUUAUAACCACAAUACAUGAGGUGAGGAGUUAUCGCUGUCUUCUUCAACUUCUUUAUCUUUUGAUGAUGUUGGUGUCACCCUUCAAUCUUCUUUGGCCGAACUUGGUGGGGUUUAGGUGCUGAUGAUCAUUACCCUUUGGCCAAGUGUCCCACUGCUUUUGGGGUUGCUAUACAUUUGGUCUUUACUCAAGCCCUUAUGUUAGCUGGAAGUUUUUUUCUGAUUGACCAAUCCUCUUUUCAACUUGAAGUCUCUCAUUGGUCAUAAGGGUCUAUAAAUAUUCUUAGACUGGUGUUUGGAGUAACUUGAUGUGUUGAUGUUUGAGUCAUCUGAUUUGUAUUCAUUGUGUGAAAAGCCUAUAGUGUAUGCUUGGACAAAUCAUCUUGUAUUUGCAUUUUAUGUUUUUGGUUUUCUGUGUGGUUUUCCUUUGUUUUUCUUGUGUGAGAUAUGUUUUUUUUCCUUAUGUAUUUUUCUCUUUGUCUACUACGGUAUUCCUCAGCCAUAAGUGAGGUUUUUCAAUAAAUUUGGGAGGAAGCCACUCGUGGACAGGUGA